AUGGAUUGUGAUCAAGAAAGCACAACAAGUGAUUCAUCAGUCGAUGAUAAAUACGACUUUUAUAACGAAAAUGAAAGUGAUCUAGAAAUUGAUGAUGAAGAAACCACUAUGGAAACCGAAAAUGAAGAAGAAGCUGCUGAAAUCGAAGAAAAAGAAGAAGAUUUUGAAUUAAAUUGGAGUCAAAAUUUUAUUCAAGACACAAUCUUUCCUUCAGAUGAUAUCAAAGGACAUACAUCCAUAACUUCCACCAAUAAUAUCAAACCAAUCGACAUCUACAACAAGUUCUUCACAAAAGAUAUAAUUCAAUUGAUCGUAAAGCAAACAAAUAUUUAUGGAAAACAAAAAUCUUUAGCGCAACAGCGUCCGAACAAUUGGAAAGAAGUGGGCGAAAGUAUUAUUCGUUCUUUUCUUGGCAUAUUAAUAAUUAUGGGUUUGCAUCGAUUACCUCAAAUAAGAGAUUAUUGGAGAAUUCGAGUUAUUCAAAGUACUCGACUUCAUUGGUUUACUGAAAAGGAACUUUCAGAUGAACUUUAUUUUGGGAACUAA